UCACUUCUAAACGCAGCCCUGACAGAGGACGCAUGCGAGGAACUUCAGAGAGGCGACUUCAGGCAGCACCUCACAUAUCAGAGGCUGCAGAAACAAGGGAUCCCCCGCGUGUGGUUAACACGGUGGACCAACUGCACAGCGCAAGAGUCUGAUGGAUCAUUUGAAUUCACCGAUCCUCUCCGGGUAGAUAGUGGGUACUUGUAACUGAAGGGUGUGCGUGCGUGUGAGUGUGCGUGUGAAAGUGCUUUCCUAGAAUAGAAAGGGAGAAGAGAGAAGAGAGGCGGGAUCGGUUUGGUGCCUUGUUGGAAAUCCAGGGGUGAGGAAAAUAGAUCGUCUGGAUCGGAUCGAUCAGCAGUGCGCGCUCCCUUCGUGGAUUUGAUGGAUGUUUGAUCAGUGGAUGUGAUGCCCAUUUAUAUCAUCGACCGAAAAUUUCCCGACACAUCUGGUCAGUUGAUACAGCCGGUAGCUGAAGGAGGAGACCUGAGAAUGACAGAGACCAAUUCCCCCAAUUCGGCUAAGAAGCCUCGUUGGACCUCCCUGGAGAUCGGGCUCAUCACCAUUGUCUCCUUGCUCUUCAUCGUCAUCGUUGCUCUCAUCAUCCUGUUUGCCACACAGAAGACGGAUGAAAUCUGCACCACAGCGGACUGCACGCAGUCAGCCUCUCGUCUCAUCGAGAACAUGGAUGCCACCGUGGACCCUUGUGACAACUUCUACCAGUACGCCUGCGGAGGAUGGCUCAAAAAGAACAUCAUCCCGGAGACCAGCUCGAGAUACAGCACCUUCGACAUCUUACGAGACGAGCUGGAGGUCAUCCUCAAAGGUGUCCUUGAAAAGACAGUGGAAGGGGAAGCCACCGCUCUCGUCAAGGCUAAGACUCUUUACAAGUCCUGCACUAAUGAGAGUCUGAUUGAGCUCAGAGGAGGCACUCCAUUGCUUGACAUGCUGUCUGAUGUGUUUGAGUGGCCGAUUGCUGUGGACAACUGGGAAACCAACCACGGUAAAACUUGGAGGUUGGAAGACGUCAUUGCCAAGCUGAACGAGAAAUACGGAACUCAACUCUUGGUUAACUUUUUCGUCGGCACUGAUGACAGGGACUCCAAUUCCCACAUCAUUCAUUUCGACCAGCAGACAAGUCUCGGCCUCUUGUCCAGAGAUUACUACACAUGCACGGGACCCUAUGCAGAGGCAUGUCGGGCCUAUGAGCAGUUCAUGAUUGACCUGGCGAAGCUGAUCCGCACCGACCGGAAUCUUGCCAUCAACGAAACCAGCAUCAGAGAGGAUGUGACGCGGGUUAUGGACCUGGAGAGAGACAUUGCAAACUCUACUGAUACUCCAGAGGACCGGAACAACCCAGUGUUGCUGUACAACAAGAUGGAACUGGGCGAUCUAAAUGCCAACUUCACCCUUGAGUUUGACUCACAGGUAUUUGACUGGAGUUACUUCACAGCUAAGCUAAUGGAUACGGUCAGCAUCAGCGUUCCCGAUACCGAGAAGGUCAUAAACUACUCACCAAACUAUUACAGAAGACUCAACCUUGUCUUGGCCAGAUAUACCAAGAGGGAUCUUCAGAACUACAUGGUGUGGCGUUUCGCUAUGAACAUGGUGGUGGGCCUGAGCAGAGCUUACAGGGACACAAGGAAAGCCUUCCGCAAGGCUCUGUCUGGCACGACAUCAGAGGCAGCGGUGUGGCGACAGUGUGCACUUUACGUCAACAACAACAUGGACAACGCUGUUGGACGACUUUAUGUGCAGGAGGCUUUCUCAGAAAAGAGCAAAGAACUGAUGGAAGAGAUGAUCAAAGACAUUCGGGAAGUCUUCAUCAGUAACCUUGAUGACCUGACCUGGAUGGAUGCAGAGACUAAGAAAGCAGCGGAGGAGAAGGCCCGAGCCAUUCGGGAACGGAUCGGCUACUCCAGCAACAUCAUGGAUGACAAAUACCUUAACAAUGAGUACAAAGAUCUGAGCUACAACGCAGAGGAGUACUUUGAAAACAUCCUACAGAACCUGGAGUAUGUGCAGAAGAAACGCCUGCGGAAACUCCGAGUCAAAGUCAACAAAGAGGAGUGGGUAACGGGAGCUGCUGUCGUUAACGCCUUCUACUCAUCCAGCAAAAACCAAAUAGUGUUCCCUGCAGGUAUCCUCCAGCCGCCUUUCUUCAGCAAAGGCCAGGCUAAAUCUCUCAACUACGGCGGCAUCGGCAUGGUAAUCGGUCAUGAGAUCACACAUGGCUUUGAUGACAAUGGCCGUAACUAUGAUAAGGACGGUGACCUGAAGGACUGGUGGACACCAGACUCCACUCAGAGGUUCCUGGAGCUGUCAAAGUGCAUUGUCGAUCAGUACGGCAACUUCACUUGGGACCUGGCCAACGGACUUAAUUUAAAUGGAAAUAACACCCUUGGGGAGAACAUUGCUGACAAUGGAGGGAUACGGCAGGCGUAUCAGGCCUACAGGAACUAUGUGAAUGAGCAUGGAGAGGAGCCAACACUGCCUGGCAUUGACCUUUCCCACAAUCAACUCUUCUUCUUAAACUUUGCUCAGGUGUGGUGUGGGACACACAGACCAGAACAGGCUGUAAAUUCCAUCAAAGUCGAUGUACACAGUCCAGGGAAAUUCAGGGUACUGGGCUCCCUUCAGAACUUCCCAGAAUUUGCCAAAGCAUUCAACUGCAACAAGAGCAGCUACAUGGUCCCUGACAACGUCUGCCGUGUGUGGUGAUCCACAGACCUCUGGGACGAGGACUGUAUUCACACAUGGGGUCUUCCCCAUCCGCCCUACAGUACCUCUCCCCUCUGACUGCUGGAGCACUCGUGUGUGGGGCUACAGGGAAGUGACCUGUAGCCCCUUGGCUCUUUACUGGAUGGACCAGGGCUGGUGGACUGACACUGCAGAAUGCACUUCCUCCAAGGACAGCAGCAGACUGAACCUUCACGGAGAACUGUCUCUCCGACUCCGAUACUGUAGUUCAUUCAAUCAGCCUAAUUACUCUGCUUCUCACUGGAUACAAUCACUCUGUGUAUUUUUAUUUUUCUCUCUCCAUUUUCAUCUGAUUUUACUUAACAUUUGUGAUUCUGACAAUGUGGAUAUGAGUGUGUGUGUGUGUGUGUGUGUGUGUGUGUGUGUGUGUGUGUGUGUGUGUGUGAGCGUGUGAGAGAGUGUGUGUUUCGGUCAAAAUACUGUGCAAGUGGUUGGCAGGAGAGGGGCAGACAGACAAAUGUGCUCAAACCCACUGGCAUAUGAAUACGCUGCACACCCACUCACACUCAUACACAUGUAACAGGGCUGAACCACUGUACUGUAUGUGGGCCUGAGCUGUAUGCCUUUUAAAAACCCUCAGCUGGUUUCAGCCUCCAUCUACACACUGACACACAAUGUACUCGUAUUGUACUCUUUGUUAAUACAUCGAAAUAGAUUCGAUAAAUUAUUACAGAAAAUCUGAAUUUAUUUUGAUGAAUAAACAGAUAAGUAGUUAAGCGUGCUUAUGUAUUACACAAUAAUAUAAUGAUAUAUAUGAACAUAUAUUUAAUGAUAAGGACUGCUGUUCAUUUGCAGUACGUCAAGAACACCAAAAUGAAUUUUUUACCUUUAAGAUAACAACUGAUCAAUAAUCAUUGAGCUGACAAUCGACAGACUUCAGACCCUUUUUAUAUGUUCAGUGAGCCUCCUUUGUGUUUCUGUAUGACUGUAUGUAUCCAUGUAUUUUCCAGUCUUUGUAAGUCAUUAUGAAUGUUGCCUUUUGUUUGUCAAGCAAAUUGCUUUGCCUUACAUGGUCUGUGUGAGAGUGUCUUUGUAUCCGCAGAAGAACAACAGACAGGAAAUGUAUCAUUAAAAGAAAACAUUUGUGUUUUUCACAAAUACGCCUCUUAAGAGAAGACCUGUAUCAUAUUGUCCGUAUGCUUCGGCCAGCUGCCGGUUACCUUAGCUUAGCAUGAAGACUGAAAACACCCAACCUGGCUGUGUUAUGCCUCUAAGGCUUGUUAGUUAACACCUCAAAAUCCUGUUUGUUUAAUCAGCACAAAUCAAAGUGUAAAAACACAUCCAUGGAGUUUCCGCUGGGUGCCUGGCAACCUGAGUGAUGACCACCCUGCAAAGUUGGACCAUUUCAUUUAAAUCUACGCCAGGAUUAAAUAAACCAAUCAUAAUGUGCUAAUUUGUAAGCUUUAAAUAUUUUUUCUUUUUACCUUAAGACAGACCCAGGCUAGCAUGUUUCCAGUCUUUCUGCUUUAAGUGAAUGUAACCUACUCCUGGCUGUGGCUUUAAAAAAAACCUGUCUGCAAGUAAUGUCUGCUGCACACUAGAGAUCUUUAAAAUCUUAACUGAUUAAAAAAAUGACAGAUGCGGCAUUUUUAAUCUUUUAAUUGUGGGACCACACAGACACACACUUGGCGAUCCAGUCGAGACGUAAGCCUACACACUUCAAAUUCUAAGUGGUGCUUUCAGAGACUUAAGAACCCACAGGAUCGGGCAUGAUCAAACAUGACUUCAGGAUAAAAACAUAGUUGGAGGCGGACUGCCAGCGUUCAACAAGUUUGUCCUCCUUUUCUACUUUCCACCUGGUACAGGAAACAAAAAUCUUAUUUUCACUGUAGGCAGCCAUGUUUCAGUUCUAAACACAAGUAUGCAGCAUCCGGUUGGUGAUGCUUCCCUGUCAGCCCGAUCUUACUGAUCAUCGCAGGUUUAUCGCAGGGAGCUGAACUGGACCCCAAACACGACAGAUUAUCAUCUGUGCAGCAGACAUUGGUGAACCAUUCCUUUCAGAAAUGAUCUCUGAGUUUGAUCUUGGUUCAAAUCACAUGAAGUGUCAUGUUAACAUCUUUUUGUUCACGAUUCUUUCACACACUGAUGGAAAAAAGUAAAUUGACACAGGACAAUAUGAUUUUUAAGGGAUGUUCUUAUUGCAUAUUAUUGCCAGAUCAUUUGCAGGAAAUUAUUGAACUUUUGAAAAUUGCAUGCAUUUUUCUGAAUGCAGAAGGUUAUAUGAAGUCAAUGGAGUCCAAUAUGGCUUUAUUUUCUAGGCUCAAAUGCAUCUGAGGCUGUGAUCCAAGGUGCGGAAAUGUUUGCCUUUUGCCUUUUUAUAUAAAGAUUAGUGCAACGAAUGAUGUGCCCUGAUCAUGUAGACCGAUUUUUUAAAUCAUACAUCAACACUCUCCACAUUCAGCCUCCAUUGUAAUUUUCCCCUAUGUUUUAUUCUCAUCUUUGCUAGUGCAAGCAUCCUGCUGCUCUCUUACUGUUCACCCCUCAGGCUUUCUUUCUUUCUGCCUCUCUCUCUCUCUCUCUCUCUCUCUCUCUUUUUCUCUCUCUCUCUCACACACACCCCACCUGUAGAAAGACAGAUAUACCUCAGUUGCCUGUAUUUAGAUACUUUAUAAUAAUGACUGAUAAUCAUC